GUAAGAUCAUUUUACGUUUCACAUUUUGUGACGUCGACUGACGCCCGCGAUUGUGACUUUAUAAUAUUCCGUCGCAUCAGUUGUUUAUUGUUCGCGGUCUUUGAAGAAUACCUUUUAAACGCAAAACAUUGCGCGAUUCUCAAAAACGCAAAUAAUAUCUAUUCGGUCGUUCGAUAGGGGCUUUUGAACUUUGAAGGGGGGUGGUGCGUUUGUCUCCACGAAUUAUGUCAGUUCCAGCGCAAGACGAUUGCAACAAUAUGUAACUCAGUGGACAUUAUUUUGCGGAUAGAAUAGAUAUCCGCGUGGACGGGACAAUUUAUUGCUCGUUAAUUGAGUGUUUGUGCGCAACACGAAUUAAGUGCUGAAGAAGUUUGUGUUAUGGCUUCAGAUGAAGAUUGCACCGCUUACAGUGCGUACCCAUUAAUUGAUGAACAUGCAUGUACACCUUCGCCCGGUCAGUCAAACCCCUACAGGAGUUGCCUCUCACCAUCUAACUCUCCAUCACCACUUCUUGCUUCGCAGUACCAACUCGGCAGGUAUUCGCAGGAAUAUGGCGGAGGAGAUCCUCAGGAGAUGAUACCCGCUUCUCAAGUUUUACCUCAAGCAUUACCCAAGGGAGGACAAGACUUAUGGGGAAUGGAGGCUUAUUCGGAUUACAGAGCCUACGAGGCGAAUAGAUUCGAUUACGCGCGUCAGUCGUAUGCCGACGCUAUGCCAGUGUACGCUGCCCGUACUGGUGGGUUCGGUCCGAAAUUGGGUGCAAAUCAAGCCCAAAAGGCGAACAAAGAAGCUCGUAUACGACGACCAAUGAACGCGUUCAUGGUAUGGGCCAAAGUCGAGAGAAAGAAACUGGCUGACGAAAAUCCUGAUCUGCAUAACGCCGAUCUAAGUAAAAUGCUAGGCAAAAAAUGGCGAUCUCUCACUCCACAAGACCGAAGACCGUUCGUUGAAGAAGCUGAACGAUUGAGAGUAAUACACAUGACUGAACAUCCUAACUAUAAGUACAGACCACGCCGGCGCAAGCACAAUAAACAACGGGCGACACCUGGAGGGCCACGAGUUGGAGCUUCGUUGCCUAGCCCAAACUUGCCAAAUAUGUCUCCUCGUUACCAGGGUUAUGUUCCUAAUGCGGGAUUGUCGCCUACAGUGUCGGCAAGUGGUUACGGCUCCCCCAUGGAUUUUCCAAGUCCAGGUGGGAGUAUUGGAGAAUAUAGCGGUCAAGAGAAAAGGUAUAGUCCAGAUAGCUACAAAUUUAAUCAAUUUAGUUACGUGGGUUACCAAAACUUUCCCCAAAAAAGCCCUUACUCGAUACACACGCCCGAAACAUCGCCCACCCACAGUCCGGAGCCGAAAAAAAUUCCGCCGAGCCCUCAAGAACCUGGAAAAGACACGAAUAGCCAAGAAAAAAACGCACAGCUUCCAACGCCAGAAAUGAGUCCGUUGGAGCAACACGAAAAAGAACAUUACAACGCGUAUGAGGAUAGCAAAACCAGAGUGUCAAAUAUUCAACAUGCGAACAAUGUUCCCAACACGCAAGCGCAUUAUAGUACAAAGGUUCAAAACUUCAGACAAAUUAGUCAAAGUUACACAAACACUCAACCUAUCACUUCUGUGCCGAUGGCGAACGGAAUGUACGUUAUGUGCGCUAGUAAGAGUGGCGUAGAACAGGGUCAUGUGGUUACCGGCACGUUUUAUCCUCCAGUAGCAACCAGUCAAGAUCAGCAAUUGCUGGGAGUUAGUCAGCAGAAUGCAAUGAAUACUGUGAUAGCCAACUCUGCCGCUGGUGGUAUUCACUAUUACAACGCGAAUGUUCAACCUUACUACACGGUCAAAGAAUACGCGACUUACGAUCAAAGUGAGAAGGAUGAUUUUCUAAAUUAUUCUCACAUAAAGCCGUUGAUGGAUAAGCCACCUCCCAACGAGUAUCUCCAUCCGUACAAGGGCCUCGAAGACCCGUACCAAGACUAUCCCCAGUCUUCGGAUCAACAAAAUAUAGUCCAAAAUUACAUUUCGGAGGAGCGCAGCGACCCCGACUCCGACGUGGAUACGCAAGAGUUUGACAAGUACCUCAAAUUUGAUGGGAAUAACGCCUCUAGUGGUCUGGACUUGAGAGGUGUAGAUUCGAAUCACAACUAUCAUCGACCCGAAGUGCUAACUUCGAGUGCCGUGUCACAAAAUUCUCCGGUUUUGUCCUACAGUUACCAAUCACAGCCCACUAGUGUGAUUCAUCCAACGGGUGCCGUGAAAUCAGAAUUCGUCGGUUGUCCGGAAGUGUACGAUCUCGCGUCUGGUGUCGCCCCGAAAAACGAAGACGAUUUUAGUGAAAUUUUGGCGGGAGUCAGAAAAACUUGUUUCAGUACUUGAAUUAUCAAAAGUUAGGUAAAUGAAUUUGUGCAAUAUAUAUAAACGCCGGUUCUAAUUUUGUUUGAGAGAUUCCGGAUUCUUUGUUUUGGAGGUUUUUGUUGAGUAAAAUACUCGCGCGGGUCAGUUAUGAAUGAAGAAACAUGUCGCGCUGCGAUUUCGACUGUUUUAUAUAAAAAAUCAGAAUUCGAAUAUUUGGUUUUUAAGAAUCAAAAAAUCUUACGAGUUAGUGAAUCUUUUAAAGUUGUAUAUUUGAAAACGUUAAAAAAUAUAAUA